AUGAGAUCCUACCGUGGCUCCACUUCACCCAUCAUGGCAAGAGUCCUGACGAUCGGAGGGCUUUUCGCAGCGACCGCCAAUGCUUUGAACGGUAUCGUGGCACCCAACUCCGUAGCCGCAGACAGUGAGUUCCAAGUGACGUUCCAGAAUGGAAAUAGCGAUAGCUACCGGAUGUAUCUUGCCGCCGCCUUGACAGGUGUCAAUGGACCAGCUUGCUAUUUGACGAACUCCUCGACUCCCUCCUCACCUCUCACCCUCAACAUUCCCGCCUUGGUUGGGCCAUCGGCGAAUUACUACAGCAUCGCCGCCAAGGACCUCACGACCGGUCAAGGUCUGACCUACAGCAAUCGCUUUAACUUGACUGGUGGGAAUGGGAACUACACGCAGUACGAGAAGAGUCUCGGCGGUGCGCCUUUCUGGGACGCAGACGCUCUGCCCUGCAGCUCAUAUGCUUGUGCCCGCGAAUGUGCGCAAGCCAGCUAUCCCAGCGACCUGACCAAUUCCGAGGCGUACAGUACCAUGCGAUCGUGCUUCCUUCAAUGCCCGGACGUUCGCCCAGCUGCUAGCGCGAGCCAGACCGGCCCUGCGCACGCCACAGCAACAACUGCCGGAAGCAUGACGACUCUGACGGCGGGUGAGGCGGUGGUCACCCUUGGGAAUGAUGUGAUUUCAGCCAUUGAAACAACUGUCACUUCCGGCGGUAAGACAUACACCGAGGCCAUCUUGGGUGCUGCAACCCUUACUCUUGGUGGCUCGUCGACGACGAUCAGUGGUGAAGCAGUCAGCCUUGCCAGCUCAGGACUCAAAGUCGGAAAAACUACCACGGUCGCUUUCAGCAGCGCCCUCGUGACGAUGACCGCAUCUUCUACAGCUCAAGACGGAUCGUCAGGCUCCAGUGCGGCAGCGGCGUCCACGUCGUCCAAAAAGUCCGGCGCACUGUCAGUCCGAUACGAAAGCUUUGGAGCGAUCUUUGUGAUCGGAGCAGCAGUAUUGGCUGUAUUGUCGAUGUAG